AUGGGUGAAGAGACGCAAACCGCAGAUGUUGUGCCCCAGGUGGCUUUCAAGAAGCGAUCCAAAGGCAAAGCCAACUUUCGCAAGAAGCCCGCAACGCCACCUCCAGCUUCUGACUCCGACUCCGAUUUUGAAUCAUCUGAUGACGGCGAAGGGCGACGGAUCAAGAGACGACGUAAGAAUGCAGCUGUGACUGCAUCAUCCACAUCCAAUACGACAAGGAAAUACCGCACAGAGGACAAGCCUACAACUGCGACUCCCGCCCCACUGACAUCGAGCAACGAUGCGACAAAACAUUCCGACUGGUAUGACGAGGACCUGAGCGCAAAAAACCUGUUAGGCACCACCCGGGCGAAACCAGGCCCUCUUGCGUCAGGGCCAGACGGAAGCUACAAGGGUGCAGCCAAUUAUCAAUCUUUUAUUCAGAAGAAUCCUGAUGCACCCGGCAAAUUUGGCCCUAUCAAAGCACCAACCAAUGUGCGGACUGUGACUGUGACGGAUUUUGCCCCCGAUGUGUGCAAAGACUGGAAACAAACUGGCUACUGUGGCUUUGGAGAUUCGUGCAAAUUCCUUCAUUCAAGAGAGGCGUACAAGCAGGGUUGGGAACUGGAUCGCGACUGGGAAAUCAACACCAAGGGCAAGCAAUUGACUGGGCGGGUAGUUUCACAGCGAAAGGGCGCAGGUAAAGCUGUGGAAGAUGAUGAGGAUGACGAUGAGGAUGAGUUGCUGGAAAGCAUUCCAUUUGCCUGUCUCAUCUGCCGGAAAUCAUAUCGAGAACCUAUCAUCACCAAAUGUGGUCACUAUUUCUGUGAAUCAUGUGCCCUGCAACGAUACCGGAAGAACCCCUCAUGUGCUGCCUGCGGUGAAGGAACCGGGGGUGUCUUCAAUGUUGCAAAGAAGCUCAAUGCUUUGCUAAACAAGAAGCGCGAACGUGCACGCAAGAUGCGAGAGGAAGCGAUCGCCAAUGGGGAGGAUGUCAGCGAUGAAGAAGAAGCUGACGAUAGCGACUAG